AAGCUCAGUACAGUUAAAGCUCAGCCCAAAUAUUAGAGUUCAGCUGCAUACAGAAAUGUGGGGUUUCAUUCACUUGCGUGAAGAUGCGUCCUCCUCCCGCCAAGCAUAAAACCGAUGCUGCGAUCCUAAUUCACUUACCUGGGAGUAAGACUACAGAAAUAAGGAGGGACUUCCAUCUGAGUAGACGCUAUUUAGCUCGCACUGCAAAAUUUUGUGUGGCUCUAUACUUUCUAUCUCUGGUUGGGUCUUCCUUGUUUUUAACGCAUGCCUUUCUGGCCUCUAUCACGUGCGGGGUGUGAGUGCUCUCUCGGACGUUAGGGCUGUUCUUUCGCCAUCGUCUAAGAAAUCGCUUCUGCUUCCGGGUCAUCUCGCGAGGAGUCGUUUGCGUCUGAAAGGGGGGUGUUCCCCUCUUCCGUCUGUGAGGCGAGGAAAGGGGCGCGGGUACUUUCUUGUUGACGCAUGCAGAGUCUCUGCGGCGAGGCCUGGUCCGGUUUCCGUCGCGCCCGAGAGAGGCAGGGAGGGAGACGCCGCCCAAAGACCACCGCAAAUACAUAUCAAAAGUUCAUCCAGACAAUACGAAUUCCACCGGUGCAAAAUUAAAAGAAAACACAGUGCUUGGCCCACGUUCUCUCUUUCCUUUGUUCGACAUCAUGACAGAGGGCUGGGUGGAUUGUCCCUCGCUGGGGCCUGGCUGGCAGCGCCGUGAAGUCUUGCGGAAAAAUGGAACAAGACCUGGACAAUCAGAUACCUAUUAUAUAAGCCCCAGAGGGGAGAGAAUCCGCAGUAGAGUGGAGUUGACAAGGUUGCUGGGAUGUUCGCGGGAUCUGGCAGACUUUGAUUUCAAGAAAGGGAUUUUUGUUGAGCCGAAUGCCGAGCCCCCGCCCCCGCCCCCUCUCCCACCUGCUGGAGGAGGCUACCAGAAGGUCAAGAAGGGUAGCAAAAGGCAUCUUCCACCUCUGGCAGCAGCCACUCCUCCACCCAAGAAGCCUCCUGAUUUGCAGGUGUUUGAGGAGCCUCCAGACCAAGAGCUUCCAGACCAGAAGCCACCAAAGCUGGAGCUGGAGCUGCCAAUACAGCCCCCCACCAGUUUUCUGACCCAGCAGCAAGAGCUUCUACUUAGUGUAGAUCAGCCACCCUCAAAGCCCCGUAAGCGCCGAUAUCGGAAACACCUUCCACCUGUCCUUGCAUCAGGAAAAAUGGAAGAUGUGACAGUGCAAGAGACCAACCUAGAGGAAUCUAUAGUGUGCUGUGCCAGCUGUCAAGGCCAGUUUCCAGGAGUGAUGCUCCCAUCCCAGAGACGCUGUCGGUGGCUCUGUCCAGAUUGCAGAGCUCAGAGAAGAGAUUUCAAUCGGGAACAGAGAUAUUACAAGCAAAUUGGCUGUGGUGUGUGCCAAGCCUGCCAGAUGUCUCAGGACUGCGGCAUCUGCAGUGUGUGUGUCCUGCGAGCCAAGAGCCCCGAGCUCCGCAUUGGCAUCAAAUGCCUGCUGCGCCGAUGCUUGAAGAUUGUCAAAAAGGGCCUUGAAUGUGGUUUGUGUCAGGCUUGUAAGAUAACUGAAGACUGUGGUAGCUGUCAUAUCUGCUUGCGGAGGCAGAAACCUGGCAUGAAGCGCCAGUGGAAAUGCCUUAAGCGUCGUUGCCUUAAACGCAAGAAAAAAAUCCCACCCAAGAAGGAUGGCUACAGCUCCAAGAAGCUUACAGUAGAAGCACCCCCUGCGGAAGUUACCUUCACACCAGCGCGACGCCGGCAGAAGAAGCCAGCAUCAGCAAUAGAUGAGCCAUCUCCCAAGGCUCAGCGGGCCCCAUGGCGAUGCCGCAAGAGGCUGUCAGUAGCACCACCUGUGUCCGCAGAUGGGCCCCCUCCAAAGGCCCAGCUUGCUGCAGGUCGCCGCCGCCGCAAGCAUUCUGCUACCACAAAAUGGAAACACACCAUGGAGCGGGAUCCUGGAGGCAUCCCUGUAGUAAGACGUAGGAAGAAGCAGUUGGGAGCAGUGAAAGAGAGGAAGAAUGCUGGCCGUCCCCCCAAACAUCCCACGACCAAUCUCAAGAACAGUGUGCGGAGCCCCGCCAGGCGACGAAACCGCAAGUGUGGCAAAUGUGAAGCCUGCCUGUUGAAAACUGAUUGUGGUCGCUGUGACUUUUGCUGCGACAAGCCCAAAUUUGGUGGGAGGAACCUCAAGCGCCAGAAGUGUCGCUGGAGACAGUGCCUGCAAUUUGCGAUGAAGCGGCUGCUUCCUGAGGAGUGGAGCAGCCCGGAGGGGGCAGCAGGCUGGAAGGUCAAGAGGAGGAGGAGCGCUUUCGGUGGCCGUAGCCGCAAGCCAACCAGGAUCAAGCAGGUGGGGCGGCAGGGAGCCAAGGGGAGUGGCCAGAAGCGACAGGCAAAAGCCAGCUUCCAGCCAGAGGAGUCUCCUUCAAGCAGUGAACUGGUUCAUUUGCCCACAUUGCAGGGCCCAGAGGAAUCUGAACAACAGCAGCUGGUGAAGUGGAAGAAUGAGCCAGAGGUUGGGGGCUCAAUUUUGGCCAAGGAUUUUGUUAAGGACCGCCCUACCCUGCCGCAUGUCAAAGAGGAGUCAGAUGUACCAACACAUUCCACUUCACCCACUCGAGUCCUGGUGAAGGAAUCAGACACCAGAUUACCUGCUGUCAACCUCCUUAUUGCCGCCUCUCCCAAAGUCAAACAGGAGCAUGCAGAACCGGGUGGGGACCGUCGGCCAUCCAAUGACUCUCCGAUAUCAGCGGGACUUCCCCAAUUUAAAAGGGGAUGGGGAGCCCAGGUCAGGGAGGUGGUGGUCCUGGAUGAUGAAGAUGAUGAUGAAGUGGAACAGCUGCAGCAAAUGCGCCCCCCAGUGAUAAUGGAGAUUUAUAGCCUGGGAGGCGUGCAGCCCCUUGCCCAGUUGGACAGUGUCUUGCGUGAGUUCUUGGCUGAGCUGAAUGAAAUCCCUCUCCCUGCUCACUGGGAGGUGCUGUCCCCACUUGGCGGUCCUGACCUGCGUCUUGUACAGCGCUCGGAACACUCCACUAUGUCAGCGGCGGUGAUCCACAUCCGCCCGGGCCUCUUCUUCCAUGUGGUGGUGCGAGAUCUCCCUGUGCCCCCUGAGCACAAACUCUAUGCCAGCCACCCUGCCCGCCUCACCACAGUAGAUGAGGUGGUGGAACUUAUCUGUGACCUGGAGGCCUAUCGGCUUUGUUCUGGCUGGCCUGCUGGCUGGCAUGCUGGUGAACGGUCUGAGGCCUGUGAUGUUCUUGUCUACUCGGGCUGCUGCCCACAGUGCCGGCUCAACCCUUGGCCCUCAGGGAGUGGUGUCUGCUGAGAACCAAGUUGGGAGGGGAGGGAUUUGGGGACAGGACUUAGCCCUAUGGGGCAGUUAAUGGGCAGAAGUUUUAUUUUGACACUGGAAAUGGCUUGGAAUAUCUAAAAAGAUCAUUCCUUGUCAUAAAUAGCUUUAUAUUUUUCCCUCUUGUUCAAUAGCUUGGCACAAAAAGUCAUAUUCCUCUUGUUGUCUUCUGCCUUUCUCUACUGGUAAGCUGCUUCUGCAUUUCUGGCAUAGAGAGAAGUUUCUUUCAAAGACUCAGUUCCUGUCUUCAGUAAUUUGCUUAUCUCCUGCCAGGGAGCUGCAGUGUGGACUGUGGUCUAUUGCAGUAGCUUGUGCUGAUCACCAGUUCCCUUGACUUGUAAAACCUCACAUGCUUGGCAGAGUUAUCCUUACAUGUUGAUAUGAUGGAAAUGUGGAGGUGGCUUAUGCAUCAGUUUGGACCUUCCUGUCUGUUGCUCCUACUUGCUUGGCCUCCACGCUGUUGAAUUUAGCAUUCUCUUGGAGACUUCUAGAUCUGCAGUAUGGUCAUCGCCAACCAAAUCCCAGAAGGAUGGGAUUUAAAUGAAGCAUCUCCUUUAAAAAAAAAAAAAAAAUCCUCUUGCUGAGACCUGCCUGUUCUUUCCCCAGAUACAUCUAAAACUUGAAUUGUCGCCUCGGGCAUGUUUUUUCUUUGCUUCAAGUUUGCUGACUUUGGAUGGUCUAUUCUGUUUGAGGACCAGGAAGAUUUUUGUUCUGGGCGACGGGAAAGAUGAUAUGGCUGUUGCUGGAGGAGAGGUGCCUGGCUGCCAGCCACUCUAUAUGAUGAGAUAUUCUGGUAUGUUCUGUUCAGGGAAGUUCUACAGAAGCCAUAGCUGUAUGUCACUUGCUAACUUGUGGUUUUGUUUUGUGUCUUCCUUCAGUGUGGUUAGUGGCACCAGCAAUUGCCCCUUAUCCUUUCCCUUGUGCCUCUCACAGUCAGGUUUUUUUUUGUGCUGCUUUUCCCUUGGAAGAAAAAAGUGAAAUUAUCCUGAAAAAACUUAUCAAAUCAGAACUGGUCUCUAUUUUUUUUAAUGUAUUAAAAAUUUUAAUGAGCAAAUUC